AUCGUGCGAGAUCGCGAAUGUUUUGUGGAGUGCUUCCGUUUCGUUAUAGAUUUAAUUAUUUUUCAAUGAAUUUCAAUUAUUUUGUGCAAUAAUAAUGCAGAAAUCUGUAGUUAUCAACCGUGAGAUAACAUGUCGCAGCCGGCAGCUAUUUUCCGGAGCACAGAUAUGUGAGAUAUCACCUGAGUUGUUCGUGAAUGAAACCAACUUACCGCCCGGCGUGCCGGUCGUUGUUCGUAUGUCCAACGGGAAACAAUUGCUGUGCCGGUUAUUUGCGCCACCGGACGGACACCUGAGUACCAGUGCCGUGUGCUACGUGGACGAAUGUGUGCAGUUGGGUGUGGAGAACGAUGUGAACACUGGACUGAAGGAGAUUCCUCAGGUUAAGGAACUGGAGCUGAUCGCCGACGGAUGCUGUUAUUUCCAACGGAUUAGAGUAGAUUUGACGGUGGAUUGCUCGAAGUUAGAUUUGGAACUGUUGACCAACAAGGAACAACUGCUGUCGCUUGUGAAGGACCUCUUACAAACACUUGUGAUAGGCGAAAGUUGCCUGAUAAAAACGGAUGACCAGUCAAAUUAUGGAAUCGUUGAGAUUCGAGUUGGCGGGACCACUGGAUUACAGAGGUUUGGCUACAUAGAUGCUGAAACGGCGAUAGAUAUUGCGGAGAUCGGCUUCAGUACUUGCGCGAUAAAACUUCUUGGAGGAUUGACGGAUAUCAGAGAAACACUUUCGAAAGCACUUAGACGAGCUUCCGACAAUGUGUUGUUGGCUGGGCCACCCGGAUCGGGAAAGUACUCGUUGAUAGCAGAUAUCGCCCGAGAAGGCAAUCAUCCAAUAUUUGAGAUACGUGGAUUAGACUUUUUAAAAUCACAUCCGGGUGAAACGGAACUGGAAUUGCGAAAAAUCUUUGAACGUUUAAAGCAGUUCAAUAAAUUGUUCCAGAGGUCAAGUCCAGCCCUUCUGGUGGUAAAGGAUGUGGACACACUCUGCCCAAAAAUAAAUAACAAAAAAGGCGAGGAUGUUUCAAAUGUAUCAAGAAUUUCAUCCCAGUUCACAUCCCUACUGGAUCAUCACCAUGGCUCUGACAGUGGUAUUAUUGUAAUCGGAACCACCUCAAAUAUUGAAAGUCUAGACUCAAAGGUACGACGACCCGGAAGACUCGGUACGGAGAUAUUCGUUCGAAUGCCUUCGGAAUUUCAAAGGGGCGAAAUUAUGGAGGCCGUGCUAAAGAGAACAGGAUUUACAUUGGAGCAAACGGAGCUAGACGAGGUAGUACAGAGGACUGCGGGUUAUGUGGGGGCCGAUCUGGAGCUGUUGGUUUAUACGAUUCAGCGAACGCUAAGUAGGCAACCAUCUCAGGAGGUCUUUGGGGGCAGAGUGUCCUACGGAGAGCUGAAACAGUCUCACGACAGAUCCCAGAUAAUAGACGACUGCCUGAAAAGGGUAAGACCGACAUCGCUGCGUAGCUCAAUUGGUCUCAUAAGUGGCCUGACGCAAACCCUCGAUUCCAUCGGCGGCAUGGACCAGCUAAAGAAAAUCCUCCGAAUAUCGGUGUUGGGACCUUUGCGACGCCCCGAAGCGUUCCGACGGUUUGGGAUGCGUCCGCUGAAAGGAAUCCUUCUGUAUGGCCCACCGGGCUGCGCCAAAACUACCAUUGCCAAGUGUCUAGCGGCGGAGUCUCGGAUGACUUUCGUUUCCGUUUCGGCGGCGGAAGUUUACUCGCCCUACGUGGGCGAUUCGGAAAAGCUCAUUGCCAAGCUGUUUAACCAAGCUCGCUUGAGUGCUCCUGCGGUCAUUUUUCUUGAUGAAAUUGAUUCGCUCGUGGGAAACCGUGGUAUGCAAGGCGUUCGAACGAAUGACGUUCACGUUCGAGUGUUAUCGACGCUGCUAACGGAAAUGGAUGGUAUCGGGUCGAGUGUGCAAUCUGCCGUUGGAAGUAGUGAGGAUUCUAAGAAUAUAUUGGUUAUAGCAGCCACUAAUCGACCGGAUAUGAUUGAUGAUGCCUUGUUACGACCGGGACGGUUGACCAAGUUGAUACAUGUGCCGGCACCGGAUGAAACAGCGCGAUAUGAAAUUCUGAAAAAGGUGUCUGAGCGAGUUCCUCUGGCUUCGGAUGUGGAUUUGGCGGAGUUGGCCAAACAGACUGAGAGGUACUCUGGUGCGGAUUUGCAGAAUCUUUGUUCUCAGGCCGCACUCCAUGCUGCUGCGUUGGAUGAAGACGUUCAGGAAGUCACCAUGGACCACUUCCAGCAUGUUCUGCAAGAAAACCGACCCUCUUUGACGAGUAAGCAAAUCGAAUGGUACAAUCAAUAUGAAACGAACCGUAGAAUAUAGUAUAAAAUUAAAAACGACUUUCGAUGA